AUGGCAACAUCUAAAAAGACAAAUGAUCCAAUUGUUCAAGGUUUAUCUAAAUUAAUUGAUGAUGUAUUAACAGAUGAAAAUGAAAAAAUUAAAUAUAUACACAAACGUAUUUACAUAAAUUAUGAGAAAGAAAAAUGGAUUAGUAAGUCAUGGGCCGAAAUUCCUGGUGGACUUUCGGCCCGGCCCGAAAAAUCACCGGAAUUUCGGACCGGGCCGAAAAUUCCGUGGGCCGAAAUUCAUGGAACCCGUAAAAGUGAAUUUCAACAAUUUUGCCAUAAAUCUCGAAUGGCAUUAAUCGAAAUAGCAGAUGAUAGUGAUAUCGAUGAUGAUGAACGUGAACGUUUUUCUUUUACUUUAAGUGCAAAAAAUGCUGACGCUUUCAUUAAUGGUAUUGGUGGACAACAUUUGUUCGAUCGUUUAUUUUCUCUUCAUGGUCUUGAUUUAAUAUCAUCAUUACAAAUUCUAAUUGAACUAAAUGUUCGUUAUUCAUUUAUGUAUCUUUCUUAUUUAUUUAUAUCAUCGGCACAAGUGUUAAAUUUAUAUGAUGAAUAUUUUUGUACAUGGUUUGAUGAAGAUGAUUUAAUGAUAUCAUUAAUAAUUUAUGGUUCACGUAAAUCUGAUAUAUUACUUGGACAAACAACGAAAGAAUAUAAUGAAUUAUAUACACGUUUAAUUGAACGUAAGUUUAAAUUAAUAGCUAAAACUCACACAUAUGCAUCAUGUUGA